AUGGCUGAUUCAGGUGGUUCUUCUAGGAGAAUGUGGUGCUCCAUACCAGAACGGUUUCAGCUGCAUGGGGCCAUGCUGGUCCUCCAAGUUGGUUAUGCUGGUUUCCAUGUUGUCUCUAGAGCUGCCCUUAACAUGGGAAUUAGCAAACUCGUUUUUCCGGUUUAUCGAAAUCUUCUCGCUUUUCUUCUCCUUGUUCCAUUUGCAUACUUCUUGGAAAAGAAGGAAAGGCCAGCUAUUAACUUCAACUUUCUUUUGCACUUCUUCCUUCUUGCCCUUGUCGGUUUUACAGCCAACCAAGGUUUCUACUUGCUUGGCUUGGACAAUACAUCUCCAACUUUUGCAUCAGCUAUACAAAACUCAGUUCCAGCCAUUACAUUUCUCAUGGCAGUUAUACUCAGAAUAGAGCAAGUGAAGUUGAACAGAAAGGAUGGAAUGGGAAAAGUUGCAGGAACAUUAUUCUGUGUUGCAGGAGCAUCAGUGAUAACGCUUUACAAAGGUCCAACAAUAUACAGUCCAGUUCCACCAUCUCUAAACAACAACAACAACAAUAUCAUACAAGAGAGUUUGUUUGAGUCAUUGGGUGAUGCAAAAGGAAAAAACUGGACCCUUGGAUGUUUGUACCUUAUAGGACAUUGUUUGUCUUGGUCUGGUUGGCUGGUGUUACAAGCACCUGUCCUUAAGAAAAAUUCUCAGGCUUGGAUUUUCACCUCUGGUAGUGAAGUUCUUACUAUCGUCUACGGGGGAGUGGUAGCAUCAGGAAUUGCAUUCGCUGUACAGAUAUGGUGCAUUGACAAAGGAGGACCUGUUUUCGUUGCAGUGUAUCAACCUGUUCAAACUCUAAUUGUUGCUAUUAUGGCUUCUCUUGCUUUAGGAGAAGAAUUCUACUUGGGAGGGAUCAUUGGAGCAGCAUUGAUCAUUGUGGGGUUGUACCUAGUUUUGUGGGGCAAAAAUGAAGAAAAGAAAUUUGCAAGGGAGCUAGCAGCAACAACUUCGACUCCGGAGCAUAGUGGCAUUAUCAGGGCCUCAAGCCAUCAUGGAAAAGCAUCACUCACUCAACCUCUUCUUCCUUCAUCAACGGAAAAUGUUUGA